AUGUCCUCUCGCGUUAUUGCCGUUGCUUUCGCCCCCCGCGAGCACGCUCGCCCUUCGUGCACAAAGUACAUCGAGCGCCGCAUUAUCCGCGCUUGGAAGGCGAUCAGCCAGCGCAGCCGCAGGCACCACCGCGCGUCGCUCCUCCCCGAGGACUUCGUCAUGCUCACCCAGCGCCGCCGCAGCGUGCGCUUCAACUGA